AUGCAUAUUGUCAUGUCUAGCUCACUGGAAUUUGAUGUCAUUUCUUUAUUCAAAUGGGCACAGGUUCGAGAAGCUACAAAUAAUGAACCUUGGGGUGCCUCUUCUACCCUUAUGCAGGAGAUUGCAAAUGCAACCCAUAACUAUCAAUUGCUCAAUGAAAUUAUGCCAAUGAUAUACAAACGAUUUACGGAGAAGACUGCAGAGGAAUGGCGACAAAUUUAUAAGGCACUCCAACUCCUUGAAUUUCUUAUUAAAAAUGGCUCAGAACGCGUCGUUGACGAUGCUCGUUCCCACGUUUCUCUCCUCCGAAUGCUACGCCAAUUUCACUACAUCGAUCAGAAUGGAAAGGAUCAAGGCGUAAACGUGCGCAACCGCUCCCAAGAGCUGGCAAAACUUUUGAGCGACGUCGACGCCAUCCGUGCGGAGAGAAAGAAGGCAAGAGCUAAUCGGAAUAAAUUUGGAGGAAUUGAAGGUGGUAUGGUUCUAAGUUCGUUUGGAGGAGGUUCUCGAUAUGGUGGGUUUGGAAGGGAGGACGCAUCAUACGGCGGUUAUAGCGGAGGGGUAUAUGGGGAUGGAGGUGGAUUUGGAGGUAGCACUAGCGGGGCAUAUGAAGACAGCGGGAGGAGGAGUAAUCGUUUUGAAGAAUACGACGAGGGUGAUGAUAUCACUCCGGCUCCAUCUACCCAGCGCAGGGUGAACACGACCUCUACAACAUCUGCUAGACAAGAGUCCAAAAAACCUGAGCCGUCCAAGAAACCGGAGUUGGACUUGUUCUCAGACAACAGUGAAGAUCUUGCCGCCGCUCCAUCAAUUUCUGCACCCUCAAACAUGCUCUCCAGCAUCUCUGGAAACCAAACAACUGGAGGUCGGAAAAACACCCUCGUCACCCAAAACAUUGCAGACGAUGAUGAUUUUGAUGAUUUCCAGUCUGCCCCCUCCUCUGCCCAGGCUGCCCCAUCCCAACAGCAAUUCUCCUCCGUUCUCCCUCCAACCCUGGCUCCAUCGACUACACCAAGAACCACCCAAUAUGCAGCUCCACAGCCCGUGUCCGGCGCUCAGAACGCCAAUCUAAACGGGCUUGUCGAUUUCACCUCACCAUCCCCAAGUAAUAUUUCCACAACAUCUACCCAACCAAUCAGUCUGAGUGGUGGUUUAUCAGCAGCUUCUAUUCAGUCACAGCCACCAACGCCAGCAGGCUACCAAGCUCCACAACCAAAUUACUUCACCUCUGUUCCAGCACCACAACCAGCCUCCCAAAAUCAAGCUAAACCCCCCCUAUCAUCUCUCGCCCCUUCACUGUCCGGCAGCAAGUCGGCUAGCAGCCCAGCUGCCACGAAAGCGAAAUCAGGCGGUGAUGCAUUUGGCAGCCUCUGGUCUACCGCCAGUAGCAACGCCGGUCUUAAGUCUACGUCCACACAACAGUCCAAGGGCCCUAAUCUCGCUAGCAUGGCGAAGGAGAAGACGAGUGCAAGCUUAUGGGGAGCUCCUAGUGCUACUCCGAACCUGGGAAACAGCAUGUCGCAGGGCACGAAGCCGCAGAGCAGCAGUAGCGGGUUCAAUGAUCUGUUGGGUUGA